GUCGAACCUCAUCGUGAAAAUAAAAUCCAAUUUCUCGGUUGAAUUUCCGCAUUUUCUCGCAACGUUGGUGUCACCAAACGUUGCCGUUUACUUCAACGUGCAAGUAAAGCAUGCAAGGCGCUGCAGUGCGUGGACAUUUUGCCCGGAAAGUAAGUGCAAAGUAACGCCAAAACGCAGACGUAAAACCGGCGAAGCAGCACAAGAGCAGCGGGUUUUUGUAUCGCUGGUAGUGAUAUAGUAGUGGUAGAGAGGGCUGCUAUCUUCCUGCCUGUCCGUGGUGGUGUCGUCGCCGUCGUCCCGUGUAAAAGAGCUUACACAGUCGCGUUGACUGAAGGAGAGAAAGAUGGCCGAUGGCGUUGAAAUCGAUCUGUAUGCCGAUGAUUUGGAUCAGGAUUACGCACAGAAUAAUGACGACUUCGGCGGCGAUAGUGGCGACCUGUACGACGAUGUAAUCGUACCUUCCGGAGACCGCAACAAUGCGGGCAGAGGGCCGUCGAUUGAUCGAGGCGAUGGAGUCGAUACGAAUGGAUCGUAUCAUCAUCAUCCCGGCGCUUGGUCAAUCAGCCACAUUCCACGGCGCCAUCAGCUGUAUGUGGGUAACCUGCCCUGGUGGACGACGGACCAGGAUAUAACGGAUUCGGUGGCGGACGUUGGCGUAAAUGACUUCCAGGAGGUGAAGUUUUUCGAAAACCGUGCCAACGGCCAGUCGAAGGGAUUUUGCGUCAUUUCGCUCGGGUCGGAGAACAGUUUGCGCUUGGUGAUGGAUCGAUUGCCGAAGAAGGAAUUGCACGGCCAAAAUCCGGUCGUAACGAUGCCUACGAAGCAAGCACUGAAUCAGUUUGAGAGUCAACAGAAGACCCGACCAACGCCACCGGCACCGGGACAAAGUAAUGGACCACGGCCGCCAGUACCGGGCAUGCCGAUGGGUGGUCCGGGCGGGCCGGGUGGCCCCGGAGGUGGCCAUGGUGGACCGGGCAUGGGAGGUCCCGGUGGUCCACCGGGCGGACCAGGAGGUCCAGGCGGUAUGGGAGGCCCAGGCGGACCGCAGCCACGUAUGAUGAACCCGAACAUGCCACCAGGAAUGCGUCCACCGCAUCCGCACAUGUCCGGUCCGAUGCACAUGCAGGGACCGCAUGGCGGCCCGGGAGGUCCACCAAGACCGCAGGGACCACCAAUGCAUCAAGGGAAUGGACCACCGCAGCAACCGCCUCGAUUCCAGAAUCAAAACCAAUGGAAUGGUCCACCACGUAUGAACGGUCCACGACCAGGCGGCCCGGGGGGUCCAGGCCCAAUGCAGCACAGGCCGCAAAUGUUCCAGGGACCACCGAAUGGUAUGCCGCGCGGCCCACGCCCCGAAUGGAACAGACCACCGAUGCACGGCGGCUAUCCUCCGGGACAUCCUGGUGGGCCUGGACAGGGGCCGCCACACAUGCAGGGUGGUCCACAUGGGCCCCGCGCACCCCUUCACGGGUCGAUGGGAGGACCACCGGGUCCGCAAGGUCCUGCCCCGCACGUGAACCCUGCGUUCUUUAAUCAAGGCGGAGGUCCACCGAACCAUCCAAACGGUGGGGGCCCCGUAGGACCGCCCCAUGGACCACAGGGACAAGGGGGAGGACCUCCUCAACACUUUAACCCACAAGGUGGAGGAGCUCCUCGGGGUGGUCCGUGGCCAGUACAGGGUGGUAAGCCACCGGGUGCACCCGGCGGUUUCCCGGAGCACACCAUUACACCGCAGCUGAGCGAAGCGGAAUUUGAAGAGAUUAUGACGAGAAAUCGCACCGUUAGCAGUUCCGCCAUUGCCAGAGCCGUAUCGGAUGCCGCUGCAGGCGAAUAUUCGAGCGCAACGGAAACCCUUGAGACCGCUAUCUCGCUCAUCAAGCAGUCGAAGGUCGCCCAAGACGAACGGUGCAAAAUAUUGAUCGUUUCGCUGCAGGACACUCUGCACGGUAUCGAAACGAAGAGUUACACCCGUAGGGAACGGUCCCGUUCGCGCGAACGUUCGCACAGACGCCAGCGUCGGGAGCGUUCUACGUCACGCUACCGGGAACGAUCGCGCGAUCGCGAACGGGACCGUGAACGCGAUCGGGAUCGUGAUCGCGAACGUGAUGGCUCUCGUCGAUCCCGCCCAAGAAAAUCUCCGGAACCGACCACCGAUAAUGCAACGGACAGCUCUUCCAAGCGCUACUACAAUGACGAUCGCUAUCGUUCGUCCGACCGUGAGCGGGAACGCGAUCGCGAUCGUGAGCGCCGCGAAGAUCACCGAUCCCGGCAUUAGUAGCACUAAUUAAUGAUUACUUCCCCCAUCCUCCCAUCCUUUACAUUAUUUCUUCGGUUGCGCUAAUACGAAAAGGAAAUUAUCUCAUGUUUCACGCGCAAGCCUUGCAACUUUACACCACCCGAACGAACAUCAAGUGGAAAUAUUGAAACCGGAGUUUUGUCCAUGUCGACAAUUGGUGUUUGGCUGUUUGGGACACAAAGAAUGUAUCAUUUCUCGCUAAACUGUUUACAUCAUGUUCAUGGCUAACAUGUCACUUCACUAGCGGCGAGUUAAAUAUUUCACUGAUUUUUUUUUUUAUUAAAUUGAAUUAUUUUGUACCAUUUUUGUUGGUGUAGUGCAAAAACUAAUGUCAUCCUAAAAAUGGUAGCAACCGAUAAAAAGUUGAACGAGAGCAUCUCACCUACGGUUGAACUGAAUUGGCUCCCAGGUUUCCUCCUAAACAAGAAUCUAGCUUACCGCUAGGGGAUAAACCGAGGGAGGAAAAGAAGCACCCCGGGCCAGUGAGGUGAGCAAGCGAGCAAACUUUUAAUUCCACAUAAAUUAUGACUAUUCUAUACAAAAAAAAAAAAGAAAAACAAACCCGGAAAGCACAUGGGAAAAUAUGCAACCAUUACUGCUGCGUAGGAAAAUUAAGCGGAAAAGAAGUAGCAAAAUGGUUCAGCGAAAUUCAUUCAUUUUGAAUGCUGACAAAGAUUUGUAGCAGCGUGGAUUAAUCCAACUAUAAUACACACCUGUCCCCCAAAACAAAAACACAACACAGAACCUAUUCCGUCUGUACCCUCUCCUAGUAGUGUGCGAGUGAAUGUUUCAUACCGUAAAGGAUGUGCUUUUCAUCUUCACGUCACCGAUAUCGCCGUGAACGAUCGUGAAUUUGUCCGUGUUAUCCUUCGAUUUCCG